AUGAUUGCCGGAAAGUAUCAACAUUACAAAAAUGAAGACAUCGACGAUUAUUUCAGUGCCGUCGGUGUACCUUACAUGGGCCGCAAAAUGAUGGCAAUGUCAUCACCACUGAUGGAGAUAUCAGUGGAUGGAGAACAAAUGACAAUCAAAAAUGUGUCCCUAAUGCGAACAGUUGAAAACAAGUUCAAACUGGGUGAGGAGUAUAUUGAGAACAUGCCUAAUGCGAAAAUAAGAAGUGUAACAACAAAGGUUGAUGAUAAAAAGAUUGAAACUAAGUCAGUAGUGGAGGAUACAGGUGCUGCAUGUGGUCGCCUCUAUGAGUUCACUGAUGAUGAGUGUGUAAUUACUCUGACCCACGAGAAAGCUGCCACCCCUGCCAAACGUUACUUUCGCCGAGUCAAAUAA